GUCUUCGUUCCUUCCCGGGAUUCCUUCUGGGCCCAGGAAGGUCCGACUGGGUCUUCGUGACCACAGGCCCGAGGCUGGUGACGGCUGCUCCCUGCUUUCGGCUUCCAUCCGGAUGGAAGAGCCUUCCGGGAAGCCCCUCAGCUGUGCGGAGAAGGAAAAGUUGAAGGAAAAAUUAGCAUUUUUGAAAAAGGAAUACAGCAAGACACUUGCUCGUCUUAAGCGUGCCAAAAGAGCUGAGAAGGUUAAGAACUCUAAGAAAGCAAUAGAAGAUUGUGUGCCCCAUCAGGAAACCUCCCCACAGCUAAGCUGCUCUGAACCCAUAAAGGAAGGCUCUCUUUGUGACACGCUACAAAUCAACCAUCUUGAUGUGGAAACUGGAGAAAACAUCUCUGUGAUACUUGAUGUUGAACCUCAGCCCCUUAGCCAUAAAAAUGGCCCAGAAGAAGUACUAUAUACACAAAGAACAGGUGACAUCCAAGAACAAUUUCUGCAUGUCAUCAGCAGCCCUGAUGGUAAGAAAGGCCAGAAUACACUGCCAGAGAGAGCAAAGAAGCAGUGGAAGAAAACAUCUGUUCCCCAGGAGAAAGAGUAUUUCCUUGGUAUUAACUCUCAAAUAUCCCCUGACAAGCAAGGAAAGACACAGGAAGCAAUCAAUAGCAAGAGUCCUAGGUUCCCAGUAACUGAAAAGACUUGCCUUUUAAAUCUGAAGUCUAAAACUCUUGACCCUCCAACCCUAGAUACAGAAGUUGAUGGAGAAUAUUUAUUAAUUCCAUCAUCUGGCAAAUCAGAAAGGGAUAUUGAUAUACCUUUAAGACAAAAUAAUGUCUCCAUGGAGAUUACAGUUCCUUCACAUGCUGUGUCAGACAGCAGUCAUAGUCAACACCUUGAUCAUACACCUCCUAACAAUGACUACAGAAUUCCUACUCAGGGCCCAGCUUCAUCUAUAAACCUGGAGGCACAAGGCAGGAAAAUGACUAUAUGUACAGGUAACCCAGUGAGUGCCAAUGAUCAGCUGCCAGGAAGUCCUGUUUCAGAAGCAAGUAAUUCAUGUUCUAUAAAUGAACUCACUCACAAUCACUUGCCAGCCAAUACUCCCCAAAACUCUAAAUCUUUAAACUCUCCUGGUGACAUCGUUGCUGAAAGAAACAAGAAUCUUCAAGCAGAUGAGAUCCUGGGCUCGUCUAAAAGCUUCAGCCCAGCUGCUAUCUCUCCUCCACCCCCCACAGAAAGUCAAAUACACUCUUGUACAGUGCUUGAAGGACUUCCAUUUCCUGCGGAAUACUAUGUUAGAACUACCCGUCGAAUGUCAGACUACCAGAGAAAAAUAGCUCUGGAAGCUGUAAUUCAAAGUCACUUGGGUGUCAAGAAGAAAGGGCUUAAAAAUAAAAGGAAAGUGACUAAGAAUGUAGUCAUCUCCGUGGAAGAAACUGACCAAAGUGAAAAUAGUGUGUUGGACACAUGCACAGGACAGUCCAGUUCAGGAAGUCCCUCUCAGGAACUAAUCUGGUCAGCUGAGGUCAGUUCUCCCACUGCACCCGCUGGAGCUGACAGCCAAUCUAGGGAAGUCAUUACACAGCCACCUGGUAGAGGACACAGAGGAAAACGAAAACCAGUUCGAGUCUCCACACUGGAUCGUCAUCUGCUUUUCCCUCCUUGCAGCACACUGGGGGUUAACAUGUCUGAGGGAAAAUUCACCCCACAUAAGUGUCAGGACGAAAAAGUGAUUAUUCAUGACUUCCAGUUACCUGAUGAAGACUUUGGGCCACUUAAGCUUAAAAAAUUGAAGUCCUACUCAGAAAAACUGAUUGAGUCUCCUGACUCACAAAACUGUGGAGAGAGGCUUCCCAGGGAAGGAAAUCAUGCCACUGUGGAGGAACUGCAAGUAGGUUCAGAAAUGGAGGACUUGAAAGAGGAACUCACUGCUCCAUCAGAAGAGGCACAACAUCCAGGGCCAACCCUGAAAAGGCAGCCUGGGAGCAAGGGCCUUUCUUCAUCUGUACUGCUUUUCACUCCUGUAGAUUCGGCUGCACCUAGCCACAGUGGCAGAUGUACUGCCUACCUGUGUUCACCUGCGUUCCCUGUCUUAGGCACGACUCCAGCUCUUGCCUCCCAAGCAAGCAGUGAGAAUGCAGCCACUGCAGUUAGACAGACUUGUUCUACAUCCCAGUCUUCUCACUUGGAAGACAUAAGCAGACUUGCUAAUAAACAGUGCAACAGUUCAGCCAGCUCACCAAAACUGGAUACCAACCUGCAUGAGUCAGGUAGGCAAGGACAACCUGCCUGUGACAGUGACUCUGGCCCCCAAGCAACACCUCUACCCAUUGAGUCAUUCACUUUCAGAGAAAAUCAGCUCUGUGGAAAUGCAUGCCUCGAGUUACAUGAAUAUUCCACUGAACAGAAUGAAAUUGUAGACCUCCCUGCUUGUGACAGCUGGAACCCAGGCAGCCUACAGUUGGUGUCAAAGUUCAAGAAUCCUUCCAGUUCCUGUUCUGUGGAUGUGAGUGCCGUGUGGUGGGAAAGAGCUGGUGCUAAGGAGCCAUGUAUCAUAACUGCUUGUGAAGAUGUGGUUUCUCUUUGGAAGCCCCUGGAUACUUUGCAGUGGGAAAAAGUUCAUACCUGGCACUUCACAGAGGUUCCAGUAUUACAAAUAGUUCCAGUGCAUGAUGUUUACAAUCUUAUAUGUGUGGCUUUGGGAAAUUUGGAAAUCAGAGAAAUCAGGGCGUUGCUGUGCUCCUCUGGUGAUGAAAAUGAAAAGCAAGUACUACUGAAAUCUGGAAAUAUAAAAGCUGUGCUUGGUCUGACCAAGAGAAGACUAGUGAGUAGCAUUGGAACCUUUUGCAGUCAACAAGUACAAGUCUUGACAUUUGCUGAAGAUGGAGGUAGCAAAGAUGAACAGCUUUUGAUGCCCCCUGAUGAGACUAUAUUGACUUUUGCUGAAGUCCAGGGGAUGCAGGAUGCUCUGCUUGGUACCACCACUGUGAACAACAUUGUGAUCUGGAAUUUAAGAACUGGCCAACUCCUGAAAAAGGUGCACAUUGAUGACUCUUACCAAGCUUCGAUCUGUCACAGAGCCUAUUCUGAGAUGGGGCUCCUAUUUGUUGUUCUGAGUCAUCCUUGUGCCAAAGAGAGCCAGGCCUUUGGAAGCCCCAUGUUUCAGCUUCUGGUGAUUAACCCUAAGACAGCUCAGAGUCUGGGUGUUCUGCUGUGCUGUCUUCCUGAAGGGCAAGCUGGAAGGUUCCUAGAAGGGGAUGUGAAAGAUCACAUUGCAGCAGCAGUCCUGACUUCUGGGACAAUUGCCGUUUGGGACUUGCUUCUGGGCCACUGCACUGCUGUCCUCCCACCUGUCUCUGGUCAGAAUUGGUCUUUGGUUAAAUGGUCAGAUACAGAUUCUCAUUUGCUGGCUGGACAAAAGGAUGGAAAUAUAUUCAUAUACCGCUACUUUUAAGUUAAGAGGCAAAUAGUUUCCUGGGUAUUUUGCCUCGUAAUAUAUUUUUUUUUUGAAAAAGAAUACACUAUCUAAAAGAUAUUUCACAUGAUUGCUUGACUGUGUUCCCACAAAUUUAAUUUUAUUUUGAUGGUGUCACUACUGAUAUUUGUUUAUGUUUACUUUGUUGUUAUGAUUUUAAAUCCAUAUUUGCACAUUUGCUAUUACAGGUGUACAUAAACAGUAAAUGUUAAUAAAUAUUUAUUUUGAUGGA